ACAAUUUUUUAAUAAUUUUUAUAUUAUUAAUAUAGUUUGUUGGUGUCUACUAUAUAUAAUAUAUAGAUAUUAAAACUAGCUUAUAUUGCAACACGCAGUUUGGAAUCUACCUCAAAACACGUGCGCACAUGUGCGAUUGAAUAGUGUAUACAAAUUUGAAAUUAAUUGAAGACAUGUCUGAAGAAAUGGAUUUCGAAACAAUAAAUGAUUCUGAAGAUGAAAGCAUGGAUGAUAGUAACGAGGAUUCAGAAGAUGACAAAAUUGUAGAAAAUGGAAAUAAGGAUCAGAAUGGCAGUAAAGUAGAAUCAAAAGUGUAUUUACCUGGGCAACCUUUAGAUCCAGGGGAGGAACUUGUUGUUGAUAAAUCUACGUAUCGCAUGCUGCAUCAUGCACAAUCUGGUGCACCAUGUCUUAGUUUUGACGUAAUUUUAGAUGAGCUAGGUAGUGACAGAGAAACCUAUCCUCUUAGUAUGUAUCUUAUUGCUGGAACUCAAGCUGAUAAGACACAUGUUAAUAAUCUUCUUGUCAUGAAAAUGUCUAACUUACAUGGCAUGAAAGAUAUAGAUUCAGAAGACGAAUCUAGUGAAUCUGAAGAUGAGAACGAUGACAAGCUUCCUGUUAUGACAGUUGCUCCAAUUAAACAUCAAGGAUGUGUUAAUAGAAUAAGGUGUACACGAAUUGAAAAUACAACGUUAGCAGCAAGUUGGAGUGAAUUAGGUCGAGUAAACCUUUGGAAUUUAAAUGAACAAUUACAAGCAGUCGAUAAUACUGCUUCACUUCUUACAUAUCGGAAGAAAUGUGAACAAUCUGGUGCUAUAAAACCAUUGUAUACUUUUAAUGGACAUCUUAGUGAAGGAUAUGCUCUUGAUUGGUGCCCUACAGAAAAAGGCACAUUAGCUUCCGGUGAUUGCAGGGGUAAUAUACAUAUAUGGUGCAUCAGUGGAAAUAAUAGUAGUGCAACUUGGGAAGUUGAUCAAAGGCCUUAUAAUUCACAUGCACCGCAUAGUGUAGAAGAUGUUCAGUGGUCUCCUAAUGAAAGAAAUGUUUUAGCUUCUUGUUCGGUUGAUAAAAGUAUAAAAAUAUGGGAUACAAGAGUCAGCCCACAAUCUGCGUGUAUGCUAUCAGUCUCAGGAACACACACUGCAGAUAUUAAUGUCAUUUCUUGGAAUCGUCGAGAAAAUCAAUUUCUUGUAUCUGGAGGAGACGAUGGAUUACUUUGUGUAUGGGACAUGAGAGAAUUUAGUCCAAAUGGAUCAACUCCUGUUGCAACUUUCAAACAACAUAUCGGACCUGUAACAACAGUAGAAUGGCAUCCUCAAGAAGCGACUGUGUUUGCUUCAGGUGGUGCAGAUGAUCAAAUUGCUCAAUGGGAUCUAUCAGUAGAAGUAGAUCAUUCAGAAAAACCCGAAGACAGUGAAUUAGCAGAGAUACCUCCACAAUUACUUUUUAUACAUCAAGGUCAAACAGAUGUCAAAGAAUUACACUGGCAUCCACAGUGUCCUGGUACUAUAAUAUCAACAGCACAUUCUGGAUACAAUAUAUUCCGUACAAUUAGUGUUUAAUUAAUUUAUAAUUGUAAUUAUAUACUGCGAAAAUAUUCAGAAGAUAAUUUUUGUAAUUA